UCUGGAAGUAAGCCGCUUGGCUGAGUGGCUUUUGAUGAGAUUGAUCGGACGGGAUCGGCGGAGUGGUCUUUGAUCCAGCCGGAUGCCCAUGAUGAAGGAUGGUCGUGAUGGAGACCGUGCCCCUCUCCAUGGCCGCGGCGGUGAGGCGGCCGUAAGGAGUGGGCGGAAAGGCGUGAAGUGGUGUUUCAUAACGGCCUGCGUGCUUGCCCUAGUCGUUUUGUUUAUCGUCGCGGUUGCUGUCGGUGUCACGAGGCACAACGGUAAGAAGGGCGGCAACUCGCAAAACGCUGCGUUGACGGUUGGCGACGCUGUGAAUAACACGUGCACAGGGGCCGAUGAUGCCGAUCUGUGUGUGCAAACCCUCCUUGCGAGUGUCAACCAAAGCGACCUGAGCGUCAACAGCACAGUGGACUUGAAGACGAUCGCUUCCUUCCCUCUCCGGCUUCUGAAUGCUACGCGUUCGCAAAUGACCGUCGUGCAGCAGGGGAUUGACGAUCUAGUCCUCAGGGCGCGCAACACCUCCUGGGAGGCUGCCGCUCGCGCCUGCAACGCCAGCUUGUACGACAGCCUCCCGCUGCUGGAAGGAAUCGUCAAUGCUACGGACGAGAAGGACUACGACGCCGCCAAAGAAGGGCUUGCUGCGUUGAGAACGGAGACGGCGGAUUGUGCGGAGGCGCUCUUCGAGGCGCUGAACCUCACCUUCAAUGCUACGAGCUCGGCGGACUCCGUCGAUGCGUCGUUUACCACGGCGGACGGGUUGUUCUCCGGAACCCUCGGGGCGACGUUGUACAACUCCACGGUGGCGUUUUCGUUCCAUUUGUCGAACGCCUUGACAGUCGUCAAAAACGUGGGCCAAGGUGCGGGAGCGGUGGGGGGGAGGCGGAGGCUUUACCGAAGGAGACUCCUUGCUCAGGCGGAAGUCGAUCGCAACGUCCAGCCAGACUUCGUUGUCAGUCCGAACGGCGAUGCGGAAUUCAAGAAGGUUCAGGAGGCAGUUAAUGCGGCAGUAGAUCUUCGGUCUCGGAAACCAGACAGGCGGAUCGUGAUCAAGAUCAAGGCAGGCGUGUACAGGGAGAAGGUUCUCGUUCCCAAGGACCUCUGGGGGCUGACGGUCAUCGGCGAGGGACCCUAUAGAUCCAUAAUUAGGUGGAACGAUUACACGAAUCCAAUGGGCACGACCGGGCUGCGCACAAGGGAGACGUCCACCUUCGCCGUGGAGGGCCGCGGAUUUCUUGCUAUAGACAUGACUUUCGAGAAUGACGCCGGCCAGAGCGCCACCGUGCAACAGGCCGUCGCUCUCCGCGCGUCUCUCCGAAGUCUGAGCAAAAGGGAGAACGCACUGGGGGACGGGCUAGCGGCUUUCGUAGGGUGCCAUUUCCUGGCUCAUCAAGACACCUUGUAUUCCCACAGCGGCUGGCAAUACUACUACCAGUGCCGCGUCGAUGGAACGGUCGACUACGUCUUCGGCAACGCCGCCGCCGUGUACCAGGAUUGCGAUCUCAACAGCAUUCGCACGAACGGGACUAACACUGUCACCGCGCAAGCACGCACGAGCGAGAGCGAGCCAACUGGGUUCGUGUUCCGUGGUUGCAGGGUCGAUAAGGGCAGUGCCGACCAGCACGUCUUCAUGGGUCAAAACCAUCCUUAUCGCUUCGUGUAUCUGGGCCGUCCAUGGAAGCCGUUCUCUCGGGUCGUCUUCAUGUUCUGCGAGUUGGGCGGCAUCGAUCCCAAGGGCUGGAUGAUCUGGACGACGGUGGGCAAGGGUUCUGAUAAUCACGAGACCGCACAGUACUAUGAAUACAAGAACUCGGGCCCCGGUUCUGCCACAGAGCAGCGCGUCCGGUGGAGCCGUAGUUUAACGGACGCGGAGGCGGAGGACUACACGGUGGAGAACUUCAUCCAUGGAGGUGAAUGGCUCGCUCAGAUCGGUGUGCCGGCCAAGAUCUGGGGGUAAUUCCGACGAAGGGUUAUAUGACUGUCGUGACGUUCUGUCAAGCAGAUGGUAGGUCGCCAUCACUUGAAGCUUUCACCCACCUACCUCGGCUUUUGGUUUAGCUACCUGCUGAAUUCCGUUCUUUUGUUUCAGUUAAUGCACACUGUCAAAUGUAUCGCGAAGGGAUCGCAUCGGGGGGGGGGGGUAAUUAUUUGGAAGAAUUAUCGGCAGAUUCCAGCUAGGGUUAUGUGUCAACGGUAUGAGUUGUCCUUUCAUUAUUUAUCAGAAGAUUGAUUCUUUGCGAUUUGCCAUUGUCCUGUUAUUAGACGAUUGUCCUUCAUUAGAAGUUCCAGAAGCCCGUGCGGCAGCGGUGCGUGACUGUUGAGCCUCUCGCUUGCAGCAUUCCGUUUGGCAAAUGCAUCGCGUACUCUUGGCCCGCUAUUCUGCCGUGUCGGCGGAUUUAUCUGCUGCUCAUGUUGCUUCGGCAGUUGUCCAGUGUAGCUUCAAUCGACUACCUGCUACCGUCUUCCCCCGAAUACAACGUACUGUCAUUAUAGCUGUAUCUAGACUGAAAGAUGCCUCAAAUACAGCUACAAUGACCGUACGUUGUAUUCGGGGGAAGAAGGUAGUGGCGGAGUGAUCUGCGGGACAUAGACGCGGCCUAUGGGACAUCAAGGGACGAGUGGGAUAGCGAGGGACCUAUGGGGCGGAGAGCGAUCUAUGGCACAUACAAGCGGACAUAUGAGACAGAGAGGAGGUUACAAUGCUAAAAUCGGUUCCUUCUCUCUUGACUACUUAUCUUCUAGUGAGCAAGUCACUGACGAUUAUGGACCUCACUAAGGUACGCGUGGGAUAGCGAGGGAGCUAUCGGACUGAGAGCGAUCUAUGGGACAGACACCGACAUAUGAGACAGAGAGGAGGGUAGGAGUCCUGAAAUUGCUUCCUUCUCUCUUGGUUACUUACCUUGCAGUGAGCAAAUCACUGGCGAUUAUGGAUCUCACUAAGGAACGAGUGGGAUAGCGAGGGACCUAUGGGAUGAAGAGCGAUCUAUGGCGCAUACAAGGGGACAUAUGAGACAGAGAGGAGGGUAGAAGUCCUGAAAUUGGUUCCUUCUCUCUUGGUUACUUACCUUGCAGUGAGCAAAUCACUGGCGAUUAUGGAUCUCAGUAAAGCUAUCGGUACAGGUGUUCGCUUCAUUGAGCUGUCGCUUGCUCCAGACGCGAGCCUGUAGGGUUGCUUUCCCGCGUUCGUGCAAGAAUUGGGACUCCUGUUUGCAUAGAGAGAAUGUCUGGAGUAGUAGAAGAACAACUGGGGUUCAGUCCGGGCAUCUUUGACUGUCAAGCAUUGAUGCACGAUGGUCUGCUGGCAAACCCUCCGUCAGUGUGCAGGAUGCCAUCAGCCUCAGGUGCUGAAUGGCCUCCGGGAUGGAUGAAUAGGCGGGUGAUGAGUAGGAGCUGAAGAUCGCGGAAGUAGUGUACGGUGGGAUUUAUUUGAUGUCAAUCUCCUUAGCAAUAAGCAUCUUCCUUGUAUUCAUCUGCCAGCGCUCCAGCGCUGGUUGUAGAGGCAGACAUAGGCGGCAUACCGGCUUUGGACCGGGGUGAGUGAAUUGGAAGUAAAAAUGCCUUAGGUUA